AUGCUGAACCUACAAUACAGCUUUGAGCGAUACAACGCGAAUUCCAACGAAGCCAAGCAGUCGAUCGUGGUAAAAGCCCGGGUCCGCGACAUGGAGGAUGUAGAAGCCGCCGUUUUCGAUCUGACCGACAGCCUCGGGACUCAAUUUACACAGGAAGAUGUCUACUUCAACACGCCGCAAGGGCAGCUGAAGCUCCGGAUUAUGCACCCUAACCGUUGCGGCGCCCUCAUCUACCACAGCUCGGAGAAGUCGAUCGGCCCGAAAUUGAGCACAUCGACGUUGACUGAGGUGGAAGACGUGUUCUCCAUGCGGGCGACCCUAGCCGCAGCCCUGGGCGAACUCGGCGUUAUCCGGAAGCGACGACGCGUGUUCAUCGCAGAAGACGUGCGCAUCUACCUGGACGACGUCGAUGACAUCGGGCAGUUUGUCGACAUUGCGAUCUCCUGCUCAGCCAAGGAGCCCGGCUCCUGCACGAAGCGCGCCGAGGAGAUCCUGCGACUGCUGCGGAUUCAGCAAGAGGACGUCGUGCCGGCCGCCUACCUCGAUCUGAUGAUGGAUGGACUGACGUUGGAGGGCGAUGAAGAUAAGACCUCUUCCGUCAGCUCGCAAACGAACAGCUCUGAUGGCAGCGACGGAAUG